AUGCCAUCCGCAAAAUACACAGAAACCUACAAGAAGAUCAGCGCCAUGGGCGAGAAGCUCAAGGCGGCUGGGAAGCAGGGGCCCAGCAAUGAUGAGCAGCUGCACUUGUACGCGUACGCCAAGGUGGCGGAGGGCAAGGACUUUGCUGCUGCGGAGAAGCCGGGGAUGUUUAAUUUGGCGGCAAAGGCAAAGUACAACAAGUGGAAGGAUGUUGUCGAGGACGGCCUCACGAAGAAGCAGGCCGAGGACAAGUACAUUGAGUUGGGCCAGCAAUUGCUUGCCAAGCACAACAACUAGGCUGGGCAUGGGGAGGGAUACAUACAUGAGGAUGUUCCAAGAGGGCAGAAUAUGCGGAAUAAACAAACGCACGAAUGAAUGAAUAAAUGAAUGGACAAUACACACAUUCCCCAAUCUCUACUUUUUCGACAUAGGACGAAGGGCAAAUCCAUGGACGGGUACAUACUACCACAACAGUGCAUGCAUAUGUAUGCUCGGGAGAAAAAAACAAAUGGAUAUUGGAAACGCUACAUACACCCAAUUUCAACCCUUCAAUCGCUGAGGACAAAUUCGUGGAACCUUUUCUUUCCUUCUUUCCUUCUUUCUCUUUCUUUCUCACUCUAUCCCGAGGAGAAGAAAGGACAU